AUGGCGGCUCCAUUGACCAAGGAUGCUGUGAUUAAGAAGCUGAAUGCCGAAGUGAAGAAGAUGUUUGUGCCAACGGACCUAGCAGACCCGAAGUCUGGCAUGCAUGUCCUGGAUUACUUCUUGGGAUUGGACAGUGUGGCAUGGGAGCAGAGCAUGCAAGAGCUCGGCGUGCGCUUGCAGAUGCUGGGGUGGACACAAGAGGUGGAGGUCACACAUGUGCCAAUGGCCACCACAUCCGUCGACUUCAAUGGCAAUGUAACGCUUUUGUCAUUGAGCUGCAUGAGAGGCAGGCCAAAGUUGGUGAAUGUCGUGGAGACCUUCCGGAACUUCCUGGACUCCACUUACGACAGCAAGCGCUCCCCUAUUGUGGUAGUGCCGGCUGGCAGCACAGGACAAGCUGUGACAGCUCGCUCCUUCCAUGUGACCAUCGGCAUGACGCGGAGUCUUGCGUGCAAGCUGCUGUGCACCCUGGCUCAGAAUGUGUUAUCAGAAGCCGAACUGGCGCUGGUCCAGUCGGAGGUGGCAUCGUGCUACCAAAUCCGAUGUGUGAUGAAUGCUCCAGUUGCUCCCUCUGAUGUCUUCGCAAGUUCGGUCCGUGCCAAGUUCAUAGUAUCUGAGUCUACGAGGCCAGAUAUUCUUCAGCUCUACGCUGGACUGCAGGCAAACUUCUCUUUGCAGGGCCUGCUAUAUCAGGAUUGCAUCGCCAAGUUCAUCGCCAGCUUCAAUGCACGCUCUUCUGUGGACGCUGCAAAGCUCUCCGAGGGAGAGGUGAAGAUGCUCCUCAUGUUGCCCUCUCAGGAGACGCUCUUCGUGGAGUCGCUCUCGGGGCACUGGGACCAGUUCAAGAAGGAGGACUCCGGCAUCACAAUGAAGACAUUGCUGAACAAUGUCGGCCGCACAAAGCCCAAAGAUGCCAGGGUGCCAGGGCUUUGGCAGACGGUGUUUGCCCCCAGCGCCAAGAAGAAUACCUACUUUGUUCUUCGUGAGAUAGCAGUCUUUGUCAAAGCUCUGCAGCAAGCCACCAACUCCUUGAAGAAGGGGGGGACUUUCAAUCUGCGGCAACGUGCAGCACGCUUGCGAGACCAGAGCCCGGACAUCGGCUAUGACAUUGUCUGCUGCUGGGCUCACUGGGAAGAUGACUUCCGGAAGGCCCUUGGUGCCAAGUACGAUGAGACCUUCAACAAGUUUCUUGCAGGAGCCUUUGACAAGGAGUUCAAUGAGAAGGUCAAGACUCAGGAUGGCGCCCUUGUCCUGGAUGACUGGCGUUUCCUGUCCAUCUUGCAGGGGACAGAGACGACAGUGAGGAGCUUCGAGUUGAAGCAAGCUGAAGCUGAUCAGGCAGCUGAGCGUGCGAAGUAUUCCGCAUGGGAGGCCGCUGUCCUCAAAGAGCAGCAGCUCUUUCAGGAGUACUGCGGGAAGCUGCGGGCGCAUGAAGCGAGAAGGCAAGCUGAUGAGCGGUCUUUCUGGCUGGAGGAUGCAGAGUCCUUUGAGCAGGCCUGCUCCCAGUACAUGGAAGCCUGGGUGCCAGUGGCUGGCCCCAUGAAUCCUGAGUUUGUGACUGCACAGUCGCGUGUCAUGCUCAAUGAGUUCGCUUUGCGGCAAGGCGUCCAGGCAGAUGCUGUGGUCAGCCUGCUCAUUGCAGAUCUGACCAAACUGGGGUCAGCCUUCUCGAAGCACUUGACCAACAUUGUAAAAUUCGUGGCGGACCACGUCCAAGCCGACCCCGCGAAUGCAGCAGCUUUGGUGCUUCCUCCCAACACUGGUUGUUGGGGGUCCACCCAUGAUGAAUCGGAGAUUGACAAGGCGUGCAGCGACGUUGAGUCUUCGCUGAAGAUGGAGCAUGGGGCUCUUACGGUUCGCAAGCUCAGCCUGACCCUGUCUGAGUCAAGCCUUGCUGCACAAAGCAGGCGGUGCGGAUAUCAUGAAGCCUUCUUUUGUGUGAGCACGGUGAAAAAUGGAGAUGGGGAUAUCUUGAGUAACUGGGCCAAGUCAGCCACCUUCUACCGCCGCACAAUCUCCGAUAUCCCCGUUUCAAGCUAUGCAGACUACAUCGUUCCAGACCUCUCUGCCAUCCAUGGGUGCACAUCAAAGUCGCAACGGCUGAAACAAGCCUUGGGUGGGGAAGGUUUCUACUUGAAGCUUCUGUCCAAGCUCCGACAAGGCUUGCCAUCGAAGGACCUCAGCAUCAUCAAGGCUCGGACGUUGUCUUCCUUGGAGCCACAUGCCACUCCUACCAUGGUUGCUUCGGUCAUUUGGGCACGGGACGACAGUGGCGCAGACCGGCGGAACCAGCUCCUGGAGUGGCUGACUGUGAAGUUCAAGCGGAGCAUGCACGACCUUCUGAAGGAGCGGCCAGACAUCCUGGCGCAGUAUGGGUACAAGCCAAAGAAGCUCGAGGUGACAAGCCUGCCAUCCUACAAGGACGACGACUUCAUUUGGACGAUACCUGUGGUCGAGGAAGGGAAACAUUUCCUGCCAAUGAGAGCCGACAAGCUGCAAGAAUUCCAGAAAUCCUUGAAUGUGAGCCAAGAGAUGAUGGCCACAGCUGUUCUCGAGCACAACAAGAAGUUCAACCCUGCCGGCCAUGCGUGGACUCCCACAAAGAAGCGCACAGCUGAGCAUGCUGACCUCAACAAGGGCGAGGCAUUGGACCUGUCAGCAUCUGGCAAGGUGGAGGACCUGGACCAGCCUGUGGUGACAAUUGUGCCAGAAGGGGCGACCAACUUCAAAGUGCUGGUGGACAGCAAACGGCAGGUGUGGCUGCAAGCCACGAGUGAUGGCGAAGUUUCCGUGCACCAGCCCCUGAUGUUGGCUUGGGGCUCCUAUGUUACUGGAGCUGAUGUGGAAGCUCGUGUUCAGGCGAAGGCCUCUUUGACGACGAUGGCAUUCCAAUCCGCAGAUGCCAUGGCCUACUGCUUCCAUGAAGCUUUGGAGAAGUUGUCACCUCCAUUUGUGGGCAAGUGCUGCAGCAUCAAGGAGUUUCUCGAGUACCUGGAGACGAAGGGUGUCAUCAAGCCGUUCUUCGUCAGCCAUGAGCUCAAAGUUUCCAACAGUGAUCCGAAGUUCGCUCUGAGCACCACAGAGAGUUGUGCCUUUGAGAAGAAGACACUGCCUGCAAAUCAGCAGGCAAAUUUCAGCAAUGCUUUGAGCAUGUUGGACCUGGAGGCCCUGGGUAAGGAGCAGACUCCGAAUGUGUCUGUUUCCCAUCGCCUCAAAUACCUAGACAACAAGCAGCAAACUGGCAUUUAUCCUCAAAAACCGGGCCUCUUCUUGAAGAAAAGGCUCCUGAUUGCCAGUGGCAAGCUGUACAGGCUGGUGUAG